AAAGUUCUCUCCACAAGCGCAUCUCCAGCGCUAAGAUUCUCGCUUCGACUCGCCAAGUAAUUCCGGCGCACAAAAACCGCAAGCCUUUUCUCGCUCGCUAUCUCGACCGGACCGUCGGAGCGCUACGCCAUGGCCUCCGCCUCCUCCCUCUUCCUGGCCUCCCCAAUCCCCACCGCGCCAAGGACCCGCACCAACCCCGCCUCCUCUCCUUCCCCCGCUCGACCGUCCCUACGCCUACGGCAGCCGUCUCCGGCUGUUACGGUCGCUGCCGCGCUCCAGGCGGAGCACCAGCCCGCCGUGGUCGCGGCGCCGAAGCCGCCGGCCCUCCCGUUCCGCGUGGGCCACGGCUUCGACCUCCACCGCCUCGAGCCGGGUCUCCCGCUCAUCAUCGGUGGCAUCAACAUCCCCCACGACCGCGGCUGCGACGCCCACUCCGACGGGGACGUGCUGCUGCACUGCGUGGUGGACGCGAUUCUUGGCGCCCUGGGGCUGCCGGACAUCGGGCAGAUCUUCCCGGAUACCGACCCCCGGUGGAAGGGGGCCGAGUCUUCGGUGUUCAUGAAGGAAGCUGUGAAACUGAUGCAUCAAGCAGGGUAUGAGCUGGGGAACCUUGACGCUACACUGAUCUUGCAAAAACCAAAAAUUAGCCCAUUCAAGGAGACGAUCCGAUCUAACUUGUGUGACCUCCUAGGAGCGGAUCCAUCUGUUGUCAAUCUCAAGGCCAAGACGCAUGAGAAAGUCGACAGUCUAGGGGAAAACAGGAGCAUAGCUGCCCAUACCGUGAUUCUCCUGAUGAGGAAAUAGAGUAUUGGAAGUACUACAAAUACAGGGAUUGAAUUGUAUUCUAUUCCUAGUGUACAAGAGGCUACUAGUACACUUCCCCUUAUGUAAGUGGUCUAGUCAAUAUGGGAGCUUCAGGGGAUAAGUAAUAAAGUUUAGUGCAAUGAAUGAAAUGAUACUCGGGCUUUACAUGAUACUACUAGAUAGAUAGCAAUAAUUUGGGAAGUUCGUUUGAUUGUCUUCCAGAUUUAAGAAUCAAAUAGACAAACAAGAAAUCAGUUUUAGUA